GGCGCGCGUCUCGCGAGAUUUCCCGGGCUAGUUCUGGCGGAAGCGGAAGGAGGCGUGUCCUUUCCCUCUUCGAUCGAGACGGCAAGAUGAGCAAAGUCUCCCGCGACACACUCUACGAAGCCGUGAAGGAAGUCCUUCAAGGGAGUCAGGCGAAGACACGCAAGUUUCUGGAGACUGUGGAGUUGCAGAUCAGUCUGAAAAACUAUGACCCAAAGGACAAGCGUUUUUCUGGCACUGUCAGGCUCAAGUCCGCUCCACGGCCUAAAUUCUCAAUCUGUGUAUUGGGGGACCAGCAACACUGUGAUGAGGCCAAAGCUGUUGACAUCCCUCACAUGGACAUAGAGGCUCUGAAGAAACUCAAUAAGAACAAGAAGCUUGUAAAGAAGCUAGCUAAGAAGUAUGAUGCGUUCUUGGCCUCCGAGUCCCUGAUCAAGCAGAUUCCUCGAAUACUGGGGCCAGGACUGAACAAAGCUGGCAAGUUUCCUUCUCUCCUCACUCACAAUGAGAACAUGGUGGCAAAGAUUGAUGAGGUCAAAUCCACAAUAAAGUUUCAAAUGAAAAAGGUGCUCUGUCUGGCUGUGGCUGUUGGGCAUGUGAAGAUGACUGAGGAUGAGUUAGUGUACAACAUUCAUCUGGCCAUCAACUUCUUGGUCUCUUUGCUGAAGAAAAAUUGGCAGAAUGUGCGGGCCUUGUACAUCAAGAGUACCAUGGGGAAACCCCAGCGCCUUUAUUAAUGAAAAUAUAAUUAUUUUUGACUACCUUAACGUGUGGAUUUUGGCUUUAUAAAAGUCCUAGUACCU